GUGUGAACAGAUAUAUGAAAGAACGGAGAUCAAGAAGUGGUAUUGAUCAAGGUUUGUGGUGGUGAAGCUGUUCGGGCGAAUUCCGUUGGCUGCGGUUGUUUGAGUCAGCGCCAAAAAUCUCGAACCCUUUGAAUUUCGAAUGCGCGCACGCCACACUUGACGCUGAGCCCAAAACUACCGGCGGAGACGUCGGAGGACAUGAAUGACUCGUUAUAUACAGACGCAAAUAUGACUGCUGCUUGGUUGACUCUGCUGCUGUUUUAUCUGCCAAUAGCAUCAGCGAUAUCUGCGCAACUCUCCUAUUCUUCGGCAUCCCGUAUAACGUCCUUUUGCAAAUGUAUCUGCAAUUCCAACUCCACGAUCAUCCCUCUACUACAUCCGUCUAAUCCAUCGAACCCAUGCAACGACUGCAACCGUCAAUUCUGUCUGAAUUACCAGCUACCAUUCUGCACCGAUGUUGAAGCUGAAGCGAUAACAACCAAGUGUUUCCAACGCGACUCACUCAAGGACAAACUGGUGGUUUACCUGUUCAUCUUUGUGACAUCCGGGCUGCUGAUAUGGGCAGCUGUACGACCAUGGGCCCAAAAGUACAUUGAUGCAGCUCAAGACCGAGCGCGACCGACACCAGCGUACGCGGUGCUGCCAAACUGACCACUCUAUCUCUAUCUGACCCUGACGGUGAUUGACCACUGCCAGACAUGUCUAUCUCUAUCCCUAUCCCUCAAUCGAAGUAUUCCACGUGCG